AUGUUCUUUGAUUCUUCAGUUUACGUCCCCUCUGGCCUGCUCUCCACCCGUGCACUGACGGGCAAACGGUCCGCUGGGAAUACCCCCGCCCCUUCCAAGAAGUCUCGGAAGGGCAAGGGAAGCGCCAGCGCUCAAGCCGACAAGGAGAACGUCAGCGUUCAAAGCACUCGCUUCACUUUGACCGCUUUCGUGAAGCGAGAAAAGUCCGGAGCUGCAGCAGCAAAAGAGCCCAAGCCUUUCCGCGAGCUCAACUCGGACGUCGUUGAAAAGGCGUCGGCUGAUGUCCCUUCGCCCAAAGAGACUCCCGUUGCUGCAGAGAAGGUCGUUCAGGAAGUCGUAGAGGUUCCUGCCCAAACCCGCUCUGACUCGUUCGAUUGGGUCCACCUCGAGCAAGGCGGACCUGCACCUAUUAUUCGCCGAAAUGUCCUGCGCAAGCGCCAUGCCAGCAAGCGUCUCACUAGCCAGAACCGUAACAAUCAGAUUCAAGAGGAAUUCAUGUCUAUACCCUGUGAGCGUAUCCCCGAAACGAGCAGUAAUGACUCUAUCGUCGCCAUAUCCCACCCCACCAUCGGGACCGUCGAGGUCUCGUCCCCGAUCUCCACUUCUGUUGAAGUUGUAGAAUCACUUUCCGUGGCCGUUCCGGCCUUCUCUGCACGCUCGAACGCUUUCUUUGACGGCUGGGAUGACAAUGCCGACGCGGGUCUUGAUGUCGACGAAACCGAUACCUUGGACGAUAGUGUUGCGAGAGUCGAGAUGUGGAAACGUAGAAGACUACUUCGCGACAUAGAAGCUCGCUUGGGCCGCCUAGAAUCCCAGCCCACAGUCAACCCCGCCAACUUUUCAGUCUCGACCGUCAGUCCUGUUGUCCCAACCAUCGGUAGCACUCAACCCCUGCGGAUUCGCAAGAAAAACCCUCAGCCUUCCCAUAUCCCCCAUACCGUCUCCUCCUUGAAGAUUGCCGAUAAUACCCGCCUUCAGGAACGUUCUGCAGGACCCGUUGUCGUCGCCGAGUCCCCUAUGAUUAUCCCCACCAUCGUCAUCCAUGCGCCUAACGAUGCCUACGUUGCGACGCCUCCCAAACGUACCCCCAUCUCUCGUAGCCGCAAGCAAAGACAGCCUGAAUUUGACGCAUUCAUCGGUGACCUUCUAGCUAAGUUGAAGGUGUCGUAUGUGGAGACAUCGGGGACGGCUGCGUAA